AUGCACAAAAACUGGUACGAAUACACACUGGAGGACAACGAAGCAUUUUACACUGAGGAAUUCAACCUCAUGGAAGUGCUGGGUGAAAAACCUGAAGAGGUCCAUCCCUCUGAACCAGCAGAAGAGGAGAAAGGACUCUCUGAACCAGCUGUGAAACUGGUCAGAGGCUUUUUAACUGCUGAAGAGCUGGAGACAGGGAGCUUUCAGCAUUUGGACACCACUGGAAAGUCCAUGGGUGAAAUUAACCGACUCAGACUACAAGUGGUCAAUGAACGUCGGCUGAGGAGAAAGUCAGAGGACGAGAUGGGCAUGGCCCUCGUGAAGCUGAAGCUGGACAUGGCGGCUAAAGCUUCACAGGCCAAAACUAGAGAGGCCAAUCUGCAGGAAGAGGUGGAACAGAGGAUUAGAGCGCUUGAGCGUAAAGACGACACAAUUCAUGCUCUCCAAGUUGCGCAUGAAAUGAGCGUCCAAGAACGUAAGAAAGAGCUUGAGGACGUGAAGUUGAAUUUGCUCAACAAAACAAAGCGGAUCAUCUGUGCACAUGAGAUCCAACUCAGGCAGCAAGCCAAAGCAAAGCAGGACGUGGAGGCUGAACUGAGCAAAGUGAGAGAAAAGAACAGCUCACUGCUCAAUGAGUCUGGGGAACUGAAAGCACAGAUUCAGUCAAGGAACGAGGACAUAGAGAGUUUGAAAAGCCAGGUCACUGAACUAAAAGAAAUGACUGAGACAAUGAAAGAAAACUCGCUGCGGCAACACCGAGUAUGGCAUCUUGAAAAACAAUUUCUCUGCCAACAAACAGAGGAAGUUAAGGCCCAACUUCUAAAGACAGAGACAGAAAGCAAACUGCUGCUGGAGAAGAACGGUCAGCGGAAGCUUCUUUAG